UCACAGUCAUCGUCGGCGAGGUAAACAAACACUCGUGACUCCUCAUGGGCAUUGAAGAAGAAGAAGAAGACCUCAAAUUCCCGCAGUCAUCCUAAUGGGCCAUAAAGAAGUCCAUUAUUAAAUCUCAGAGAAAAACUAAACCAAAGGGGGCAUCACUGUAACAAAGACUGGUAUGGCAUCACUUUUCAAAGAAAACCCAGAUCGACCAAGCUCUGUGCGUUCUCAGGUGUUUGCUAAGCUAAUCAAUGGUGUUCACACUGAGUUUGCUGUCCUUGUUUACAGCAAUCGAGUCUUUGUGACAGUCACCCAGUGUGGGAAAAUUGGGAACCUCUUCAGCGUACAUCGGGAGUCUGCACAAGAUAGGGAGUCACUUUCUACUACCCCACUAAGCGUCUUUAACAUCAGGUGUCUCCUUGGAGUGGACUCAGAGGAGACAGAACAGUCAAUCCGAUUGUUGGCAGAGAAACUUGAUUUGCCUCAGCCGCUGCUGAUCUCCUUCACACUGCCUACUCUGGAUCGCUCAACAACCCUUGAAGUUGCUGAAGCCCUUCUGGAGAAAAGGUGCUGGUAGUCUGAGCUCUAUAAUAUUUGGCCACACAAUGGGGACUCAGUUUGGCCAAGUUGUGCUGGGGCCGCCGGGCAGCGGGAAGACCACCUACUGCAAGGCAAUGGCCAGGCUGCUGCAGAAUUUGGGUCGCAAGGUGGCUGUAAUAAAUCUUGAUCCAGCUAAUGAUACCGUGCCAUCUGAUGCCGUGGACAUCCAGGAGCUGGUGCAGGUGGAGGAGGUGAUGGCCAUGCAAGUGGGACCCAACGGAGCUCUUGUGUUCUGCAUGGAACUCCUCGAAGCCAACAUCACCUGGCUCAUCAAUAAGCUAAAAAAACUUCAUAAACACUACUUAAUUUUCGACUUGCCAGGCCAGGCUGAGCUGUACUCCCACCACACGAUGGUGCGUAGCAUCCUCUCCGCCUUAGAGAAGGAAGGAGCACGUCUCUGCGCAGUCAACUUGGUAGACUCUCACUAUGCUAAUGACCCGGGGAAGUAUGUCUCGGCCGUCAUGCUGACCCUGAGCAGCAUGCUGAUGAUGGAGAUGCCAACUGUCAACAUAUUAUCAAAGGUUGAUGCAGUGGAGAAAUAUGGUGCUCUAGAUAUGGGUCUGGACUUCUACACAGAGGUGAUGGAUCUGGACUACCUGUUGGAGUACUUGGGGGAUGCUCCUGGCACCCGGAAGUACCAGAAGCUCAACAAGGCCAUGGCUGAGGUUGUUACGGACUAUUCUUUGGUCUCCUACAUACCUGUCAGUGUGGAAAGCCACUCAACACUUCUCAAUGCAAUGAAGGCAAUAGACAAGGCGAAUGGGUACAUAUAUGGCAGCGGUGAGGAGCGUAACAUCCAGCGGCUGUUGUCCUGUGCUGUGGGAGCCGAGUGGGAACACGACCGCCUUGGGGUGCCUCGUGACACCUUCAUGAAGGAGGAGGACGAUGAAGAGGAUGAUGGUGAAAAUGAAGACAAUGUUGAAGAAGUGCUCGCUAUGUUGGCAAGGCAGAACCAGGACAAGGCAUGAUGAGAUCAGGAGAUUUGUUGUAGUAUUUUGUCAAAAUUUUGAAAUAAUAAAAGAAUUCCAAUAAA